AUGAAUGCCAUUGAUAAUAUACGUCGUGCUUUUCGUUCAAAAUAUUCAUUCGAUGUACAAUCAACAUGGCUUCAAGCAUGUAUCGUUUGGUUACGUGAUCAAUAUCAAUUAGCUGAUUUAACUAAUAAUUAUACACUUGAAAAAAUUUAUAAUCAAUGGCUUCAUACAGAUAUUGCUCUCAUUGCUGAUGCAUAUUCGUUACCGAAUGAUCUUGAUUUAAAUGCAAAAAAAGUGCAAUUAAGUGGAAAAUAUGCAUUACAAAUCAAUAGUAUUAUAUGCAUAUCGGAACCUUAUUAUAGUCAAGUUUUGGAUAUACAUGGUGAUCAAAAUGAUAAUGAACGAAUUGAUAAUGAUAUAACUGAAACUCAACAAUGGAAACCACCAUCAGCAAAACGUGUUCUCUAUUUGGACUUAACUGAUGGUAAAACAAUUCUCCGAGGAUUAGAAUAUGAAGCAAUUAAUGGUCUUGAUCGAGAUACAACAUUACCCGGUGCAAAAAUUCUUGUAACUGGUCCAGUUCUUUUCCGUCGAGGAAUGCUACUUUUAACAUCGAAAAAUACACAAAUACUUGGUGGUUAUGCUGAAAAUUUACUUGAGAAAAAUGCAUCAAUGGAAACAGCAUUGGUUUCAUUAUCAAAAACAGCAGCGAAAUUAGAUGAAAGUCGAGUACGAUUCGAUCGAUUAAAUAUAAAACUUCAUAUACAAGCUAUUGCAAACGAUUCAACAAAUGUAGUACCUACUAUACAAACAAAUCAAACUAGUACUUAUCGAGAUGAAGAUGAAAUGGAUGAAUUAAUUCGUCAAGCAUAUGAUGAUGGUAUGCUUAAUGAUAGUCAUCUAACAAGAGAUCCUAUGGAUUAUAAUCCUGCUCCUUCAUCGUACAAUACUACUCAAUUAACUACUACUUCUAUUACUACUACGACAACUACUUACAAUCGAAUUCCAUCACCAAAGAAUGAACCAGAACAUUUAAUAUUGAUUUCAGAUGAUGAUGAUAGUCAUUUAUCACAAAUAAAUAAUGUUCCAUCAUCUUCAUUAUUCGCCUAUCAUCAAUAUUCUCCUGUUCCAUUACCAUCACCACCACUACCACCACCUCCACCAGUGAUUAUUAAAGUAUCUUUACCUUAUACAUAUAUAUCUAUCAUUCGUCGUGAAAAAAUAUCUUCAAUCACAGAUUAUCAAGAUUUUAUUGUAAAAGGAUGUUUUUCAUCAUUAAUUUCAAAUCCACGUAUAGUUAAAAAUGAAUUUGAUUUACGAGCUUAUAUUAAUGAUGGUAGUGAUUGUAUACAAGUACGUUUAGCAUCGGAUUUUCUUAGUCAACGUAUUGGUGUGACUGCAACAGAAUUAAUGACGAGACGUAGCAAUUGUAAAACUGAUCUGGACAAGCAAAAAUUACAAAUAGAUUUUAAUGAACGUUUAAAACAAUUUGGUCAUGAAAUGCAAUCUUUAAAUACUAUAAUGACCUUAAGAUUCUUUUCAGAUGAUCGAGUACCAGUGAUGAUGAAACUCCAUAACAAUUAG